CCCCGCAGCUUUUAAACCACCGUCGGGGAAUCCAGCAUGGCGGAUGGCCUACUGCUCCCAAACCGAGGCUGCGCGGUGACGUCAGCACGCCAGCUCCGCCCGAACCCGGAAGUGCGUCUCCUCGCUGUGGGCUGAGGAGCGGCGGGGUGGCUCUCCGGAGAGCGGACCGCCCGUCCGCUGUGGGCGGCCAUGGCGGCCGCCGCCGAGCUGCAAGGGAAAUACCAGAAGCUGGCGCAGGAGUAUUCCAAGCUUCGAGCUCAGAACCAUGUACUGAAAAAGGGUGUUGUGGAUGAGCAAGCAAAUUCAGCAUCACUGAAGGAACAACUGAAAAUGAAGGACCAGUCGCUCAGAAAGCUGCAGCAGGAAAUGGACAGUCUGACUUUUCGAAACCAACAGCUGGCGAAGAGGGUAGAGCUGCUUCAGGAUGAACUUGUGAUAAGUGAAUCUAAGGGCAAGAAGAACAAGAAAAGUGGUGAACCUGCAUGUCAGUUGAGCCAAGAGCAGAAAAACGUCUUUGAUGAAGACCUUCAGAAGAAAAUAGAAGAGAACGAGAGAUUGCAUAUUCAGUUCUUUGAGGCAGAUGAGCAACACAAGCUCCUGGAAGCAGAGCUGAGGAGCAAGCUUGAGGUCUUGGAGAUGGAGGCUGCACAACACCAAGCCGUGGUGGAUGGCCUAACUCGAAAGUACAUGGAUACAAUAGAAAAGUUGCAGAGCGAUAAAGCCAAGUUAGAAAUCAAAUCUCAGACCCUAGAGAGAGAGGCCAAAGACUGCAGGCUUCGCACAGAAGAAUGCCAACAGCAGCUAAAGCAUCUUCAUACAGACUUGAGUAGCAGAUUGGAUGAGUCUGUGAACAUUAUCAGAGAAAAAGUUCCUUUCAAUGAUACAAGGUCUACCCAGUAUAAUGCUCUGAAUGUGCCAUUACACAAUAGAAGGCGACAGUUGAAGCUGCGUGACCUUGCUGGCCAAGCGCUGGCCUUUGUUCAAGAUCUGGUGACGGCCCUUCUGAAUUUCCACACCUACACGGAACAGAGAGUCCAGAUUUUCCCUGUUGAUUCUGCCACAGACACAAUAUCGCCAUUAAAUCACAAGUUCUCACAGUACCUUCACGAAAACGCAUCCUACGUUCGCCCUCUGGAGGAAGGAAUGCUGCACUUGUUUGAGAGCAUCACGGAGGAGACCAUCACAGUGCUGGAGACAACGGUGAAAUUGAAAUCUUUUUCUGACUACUUAGCAUCUUACGUCUCGUUUCUCAGGAAGAUUCUUCCUUAUCAACUGAAAAGUUUGGAAGAAGAGUGUGAAUCUUCUCUUUGCACAGCUGCGUUAAGAGCCAGGAACAUGGAGCUCCAGAGUGACAUGAAGAAACUGACUGCAGUCUUUGAGAAGCUGCACACGUACAUUAGCCUUCUUGCCUUACCUAGCACAAAUCUAGACCGUCUGCUUCGUACAAACUUUAGCUCGGUGCUCACAUACGUUGCUUCAGCUCUUCAUGGAUUUCAUGAUGUCAUGAAAGAUAUUUAUAAGCAUUAUAGUCAAAAAGCUGCCUUGGAGCAAGAGCUCCCCACAGCCACGCAGAAGCUCAUCACCACCAACGACUGCAUCUUAUCAUCUGUGGUAGCAUUAACAAAUGGAGCUGGCAAGGCUGCUUCGUUCUUCAGCAAUAACUUAGACUGUUUCACUGCAUCGCUGAGCUAUGGGCCUAAGGGAGGAAUGGAGUUUAUCAGCCCCCUCUCAGCUGAGUGCAUGCUUCAGUACAAGAAGAAAGCAGCUGCCUACAUGAAACUGCUGAAAAAGCCGUGUUGGGAUUCUGUGCCUUACGAAGAGGCCUUGGCCAACCGCAGAGUUCUUCUGAGUUCCACAGAAAGCAGAGAAGGCCUUGCACAACAGGUCCAGCAGAGUUUGGAGAAAAUUGCAAAACUGGAGCAGGAAAAAGAACACUGGAUGCUAGAGGCCCAGCUGGCCAAAAUUAGGCUGGAGAAAGAGAGUAAAAGAGUAUGUGAUAAGCUCAGGAACUCUACUGGCAACCAGAGGAUUGAGGCAGCCCAGGAAAAUCUACUUGUGCUGAAUGCAGAUGAACAGGAGAAGGAAGAUGCCAAAGAGAAGGUUUUGAGGGAACCAGUUAAAACUGCAAGUCUGGUUGGGAUGUUAACGAUAACCACUGAAAAGGAAGAGGUUCCAGAAGCUGAUACCCGGGAAGACUUGAUAAAGAGCCACUACAUGGCAAGAAUAGUGGAGCUUACCUCUCAGUUGCAGCUCGCUGACAGCAAGUGUGUACAUUUCCAUGCGGAGUGCCGCGCGCUUGCAAAGCGACUCUCUCUCGCUGAGAAAUCUAAAGAAUCCUUUCUGGAAGAGAUGAGGCUAGCUAGACAGAGCAUCACCAGAUUACAGGAUGAGUUGACAACGACCAAGAGAAGUUAUGAGGAUCAGUUAAGCAUGAUGAGCGACCACCUCUGCAGUAUGAACGAAACCCUAUCCAAACAACGGGAAGAAAUAGAUACACUGAAGCUGGCUAGUAAGGGAAAUUCCAAGAAGAACAAAAGUCGAUAGUAUUGGUCAGCCAGCUGUCCCUCGGAUGUUGCUACUGCACAGGUGCUGGAGCUGGUGUUCAGUUGGCAAAAUGCCUCUUGACCGGACACGGCCAUAGUGGUGGGAUUACCAGUGUUUGAUUUGAUGUUGUAUAUGGAUUUGAGGCGCCAUCAGAUUUGGUAGCCAACAUAACACAAACUGAACUUGGUAUGGCCAGUAAAGCAGACGGGGAACAUACACGCUCCAUGGAUAACUUGCAUUGGAAUGAACCAUAACUUUUUACCGUACACUUUCUAACUACUUUUAAUCUCCAUGUAUAAACUCCCAAGAUUUUGUAUAUUUGAGUGAAUAAUGAGAAGAACAGAUCUGGCACCAAUGUUAUAGUUUCUUUUUCAGCCUAAGAGGUUGUCAUUCCUGCCUGUCCUUUCCUUUCGGUGUUAAAAAAACAAACCCAGAGCUAUCAGUGUUUUUAAGCGGCAUCCACCCUGUGCAGUUAUUGUAAAAUGUACUACUGAUUCCGGUCUUCUCUUCUACACUAGCUUAGAAGAUUGCCUGAGAAAGGCAGUCUCAGUACAUUUAGAUUGAAGCAUUCAGUGCAGCUGUGACUAAUACAGAUUCAUAUUAACUGUAAUGAGCUAUUAAAAGUGUACAGUAGUGGUCUUUUUUUAAAAAAAAAUCAAGUGCAGAAAGUGGGCCAAAGAAGGAGUUCAUGAAUUGUGCUGGGGAGUGGUGUUUUGUCCUUUCCUGUUUGUUACUUUCCAUACACAUUGCGAAACGACCAGCCACAACUGGAGGAGGAUGUGAAUAACAAAAAAAAUGCUGACAGGGGACUCCUUAGGAAAGACCCUUCACCUUAAUAGGAGUGGACAGCACACCCGAACUACACCUGUUUCAAAUGAAGGCUGGUGUAUUAAAGCAAGCUAGAAGAUUGCCAAAUUAGCAAACCUGUGCACAGAAAGGCUGGUUCAAAUAUUGAUGGGCCUAGAAAUAUGCCUUCACAUGGAGGUGCAAUGCUAUUUUGCGGGGAGUCAGAUUUGACCCCCAUCUGCCACUGCACAAUAAUUUGCCUGGUUUUUUCCAACCCCUUGCUUUUUCCUCUUGAGGGAUGGAGUGGAGAUUCCUAUGCAUGCUCACCCAGGUUUCACAUUACAUCCUCCAUCCUCUUAACUACCAAAAUGCAGCAGUGUCUCUCUUUGCUUGAAGCCUGUUUUGGCACUGUCAGAUUCUGAGCCAGUUCCCGGUUGAAGAUUGUUCUGUGGUAUCUUGGAAUUGCCCAGUUCACAUCUUGGUGUUCUGAAAAUUUAUUCGUGUUCACAUUUCUCCCAUGGGAAGAUUUUUCACACUAACUUGAGGUCUUCUCAACAUGGUAUUUCUUGGGAGCUUCACACCAUGCACAGGAAGCUCCACAACUGAAUAUUUCACAAUGAACUACUCCUGUUGCCUCAUAAGGGAUAGUAACUCCUAUGUUCAAGGGUUACUCUGUUGUAUCACCAUGUCAAUGUGUAUUAUGAGCAUAGAAUAAACAUACUGCCAAGUUAA